CCGCGGCCCCGCGCCGCCUCCGCCCGGACGCGGCGGCAGCCUCGCGACCUGGCCAUCUGGUGGCUUUAGGGUCUCUGGAAGGCCGUCUUCUUCUCCCCCACUCGCUCCUCUGCCGGGGAAAAGAGACUCGCCGUGAGCGAUUCGGCCUCCAGUUCAUUGAGAAAAACGAGGAAAUAACUCCGCGUGCGCUUCUGGAGAAAGGGGGGGUCGCCUCCAGCCCCGAACUUCAUCGGCUCGGGGGGGGACUUGGCUCCGGAUUUUUUCCUCUCCUUUUUUGAAUUCCGAAGUUGGACUGAAGUUUGAGUUUGGAAAGAAGGGGGGAAAGUUUGCAUCGGGGCUGGGAUUACUGGCACCUCGCUGGGAGAAGAGGAUCCAACGGAGAGGGGUUGGUGCAAAGCCGCGAUCACGGAAUUCAGAUGUGUUCUAAGCCUGCUGGAGUGACCACACUUCCAAGACCCGAUGGAGGCCAGAGCUCAGAGUGGCAGUGGGUCACAGCCCUUGCUGCAGGCACCCCGUAACAGUGGGAGACAGCGUGGGGAGCCCGACCCUAGAGAAGCCCUCAUCCAGCAGGUACACGUGCUGUCCCUGGAUCAGAUCAGAGCUAUACGAAACACCAAUGAGUACACAGAGGGGCCUACUGUUGUCCCGAGGCCUGGCCUCAAGCCUGCUCCUCGCCCCUCUGCUCAGCACAAACACGAGAGACUCCACGGUCUCCCCGAGCACCGCCAGCCUCCCAGGCUCCAGCACCCGCAGGUCCAUCCUUCCGCACGAGCGCCUCUGUCCAGGUCCAUCAGCACCGUCAGCUCGGGGUCUCGGAGCAGUACGAGGACAAGUACCAGCAGCAGCUCCUCGGAACAGAGACUGUUGGGACCAUCCUUCUCCUCUGGGCCAAUUGCCGACGGGAUAAUCCGGGUGCAGCCCAAAUCUGAGCUCAAGCCAGGCGAGCUUAAGCCGCUGAGCAAGGACGAUUUGGGCCUGCACGCCUACAGGUGUGAGGACUGUGGCAAGUGCAAGUGUAAGGAGUGCACCUACCCGAGGACUCUGCCGUCAGACUGGAUCUGCGACAAGCAGUGUCUUUGCUCGGCCCAGAACGUGAUUGACUACGGGACUUGUGUGUGCUGUGUGAAAGGUCUCUUCUAUCACUGUUCUAACGAUGACGAGGACAACUGUGCUGACAACCCGUGUUCUUGCAGCCAGUCUCACUGUUGUACACGUUGGUCGGCCAUGGGCGUCAUGUCUCUCUUUUUGCCUUGUUUAUGGUGUUACCUUCCAGCCAAGGGUUGCCUUAAGUUGUGCCAGGGGUGUUACGAUCGGGUUAAUAGGCCUGGAUGCCGGUGUAAAAACUCAAACACAGUUUGCUGCAAAGUUCCCACUGUCCCACCCAGGAACUUUGAGAAACCAACAUAGCAUUAUUAUUAAUCAGGAAUAUUACAGUUAAUAGGAUUGUUCCCCUCCUUUUUUUUUUUUUUUUUUUUUUUUUUUCUCCUUUUAACACACAUAUGCAACCAACUAAACAGUUAUAACCUUGGCACUGUUAAUAGAGGGUUGGGGUAUUCUUUGCUGUUUGCAGUGAAAUGCUUUUUUGUCCAUGUGCCAUUUUAACUGAUAAGCUUGUUAGAACUCGAGGUAUGGGGCUACAGAACCUGACGACUCACAUGUUGCAUAAGCUAAGGCAGCAGACACUCCUAGACAAAAUGUUUCGUUUGUGAAUAGUCCUUGCGAAAUUUGUAAAUUAGCAAAUGACUUUUUUCCCCAUUGUUUUCUUCAGAGAUAAUGUGCUAUAUUUUUGUAUAUACAAUAAUAUUUGCAACUGUGAAAAACAAGUUGUGCCAUGCUACUUGGCACAGUCACAAAAUAUUAUACUAAUAUGUUGUACAUUCGGAAGAAUGUGAAUCAAUCAGUAUGUUUUUAGAUUGUAUUUUGCCUUACAGAAAGCCUUUAUUGUCAGACUCUGAUUUCCCUUUGGACUUCAUGUAUAUUGUACAGUUACAGUAAAAUUCAGCCUUUAUUUUCUAAUUUUUUUCAACAUAUUGUUUAGUGUAAAGAAUAUUUAUUUGAAGUUUUAUUAUUUUAUAAAAAAGAAUAUUUAUUUUAAGAGGCAUCUUACAAAUUUUGCCCCUUUUAUGAGGAUGUGAUAGUUGCUGCAAAUGAGGGGUUACAGGUGCAAAUGUUCAAUAUAAAAUAGAAAAUAUAUUAACGUUUGAAAUUAAA